GUAGUUCCAAGGGGCAUAAAAUAAAAUUUUGACGUGUGUAGUUUUAUGAUAAAUUCAAUUACAUGGUACUGACUCUUACAUCGUUAUGUUUUCAAGGACUUAGUCGAAGGCAAAGCAAAGUAACUCGAUGAUAAACAAAAUUACCACAAAAAUUAUAAUUCUCCUGUAUUUAAAAAGAGCUUAUAGUGGAGUACUUAACGGAGCAUUCAUGCCCUCUGCUGGAAAGCCAUUUAUUGUGUACAUAAGCAGAGGUCUAAACAAUGAGUCUGAUGGUUUAAUUUGCGAAGGGGCUAUUAUCAAGCCGAAGUACAUUUUGACGACUGCGUCGUGUGUGGACACGACAAUAACCUUGCAUGUGGUGGCAGGGAUGCAGACCUUAGUGCUACCGAAACUGUGGGCCGGCCACCAGUGUAUAUCGAAGAGGAAGAAGAAAAUUGUUCGGAUCAGUAAGCCAAUAGAAUUCUACACCAAGAAAAAAAUAUUACGGACAUGGCAACCGCCAGACGUUGCUGUGGCGGAGGUCGACACCCCUUACGACUUUUUAGAUAUAACUUAUCGAUUUCACUGCGAUUAUAUCCCUAAACCUAUCCGUAUUAACUACGAAUAUAAGUACCAGAGCGAAAAUACCACAGCCUUUAUUUAUAAAUGGCCUGACGCCUUCACCACAAAUCAAUCGGUGGUGAUGCAUUAUGCGAAUAUUUCAAUCAUAUCUAAAGCGGAAUGUACCAAAUCAGUACAGCUAUCGAAAAAUAUUAUAUGCACGAAGUUUGACCAGUCACACGAUCUAAAUUUUGAUUUUUUUGAUACUGACGAAGCAAUUUCUCUUGACUCCAUCGAACAUAAAGGGAUUGGAAGUAAAAUGGUAAAUAAAAAAUAUGAUCUCAAUGAUUACAAUGAAAAUAGUAAACGAAACGAAAACGGCUUCUCUGACGACGAUUAUGACUUUACGCAUAUAAAUGGGCGACAGUUUGUACGCUCCGGGGAACCGUGUCAGCACUACCAUGGAGCACCGUUGACGACAUUCGAGGGUGGCGAAGAGAUCCUGAUAGGGGUAGGAGUUGGAGGGACUACUUCUGAUGAUGACGAGCGUUGCCAGGAGACCAACCAGUUCAUCAGCACUUAUAGCCUGUCGUUAUUCCUUAAAUGUGUGCUUAAAGAGUCUGACUUGUUGGUGUCGUAUCACAGGCUGUGUUUAGAACUUACGAAAGAAGGCUACUAUAUUGAAGAAAUCGACAAAAAUAUUAGUUCCAAAGUGCCAUCCAAAAAAAUAAGGAAAAAAAAUAUAUAUAGGGUCCGCGCCACGAAAGAAUUAACAAACUAUCAAUCAAACAAAAAACUGAUCGGCCACGUUGUUAACACUGGUGCGCCGAUUGUGUGAUGCCUACACACAAUCGCAUUGCAGUUUGCCGAACUUUGCGGAUUCAGUCACGAACAGUGACAUCUUGUGACGUCACAUUUUUAGCAUCAAAAAGCAUUCCUAAUAGAUUUUCAUUAGAACAAAAAAAAAGUAAAAGUAAAAUAAGUAAUUAAUAAAACAGUGAUAUUUAA